AUGCAAAAUCGCACUUCGUCACCGUUCUUGCCCACGCUGGUGACGCUACUUUGGAAAAACCCCCGCUUUUUGAUUCCUGAAUAAUUUCCCCCACAAUCCAUCUUUCUUGCUGUGACCCAAAUUUCGGAUUCGAUUCUGUUUGGUGGGUUUCGAUCCCGUGAGGUUUCUAUUGAGGUUUUGGCACAGCUAUGGAGGCACGACCUGCUUUAUCCAUUCAGAGAUCAGGUGCAAGUCAGCUUACUAGCCAUGGGGUAUCUGGAGGUCUGUCAUCAUCUUUACCCGCCCUUUCAACACAUCUGGAAGAGUCAUAUCUAAAUUUCCCCCAACAGGCACAUGCAGAAAGGGAACUGAUUAUUAGGCCUUUGGCCCAUGCAACUCGUCUUCCCACCAAUAAUGGGAUGGUUGGUCACAUAUUUUCAUCAUCGCCUGGAUUUUCAAGUGAUAUUCAUUACUCAUCUGCAUUACCAACUGAAAAGCAUUCAAGAAAUUCUCCUUUCAUUUCUCAGUCGCCAACUAAUACUGCAGUAUUGCCAUUAGCACAAUCGUCAAAUUCACUGUUGCCUCAAUCUACAAUACCAAGUCACUGCAACAAAGAAAAUAGUGGUUCUUGGUGUUCAGAUCCUGAUUUUCUUGAUUUUCCUGUAAGCAUCUCUUUCCUGACCAGUCAAUUUGAAAACAGAAGCUGUAGUGGUAUUAUGAGAUCUGAUGACUUUGGAAAACAAAAUUAUUGGCAGGAAUGGGCAGACCAGCUUAUCACUGGUGAUGAUGCAUUGGCCUCCAAUUGGAAUGAGCUUCUUGUUGACAAUGUUACGAAUCUGGAACCAAAGACGGCAUAUCAGGGGGAAAAACCAUGCGCAACCGUACCUGUACAGAAUCAACAACUUCCUUCUCCAUCUGUAGAAAGUCAAAGUGUUGUAAACCCCUAUUCAUCAGCAAAUAACGCCCCAGCAAAAUCACGAAUGCGGUGGACACCAGAACUUCAUGAAGCCUUUGCUGAAGCUGUCAACCAAUUGGGAGGCUGUGAAAGAGCUACUCCAAAGGGCGUGUUGAAGCUUAUGAAAGUUGAAGGCUUGACAAUUUAUCAUGUUAAAAGUCACUUGCAGAAAUACAGAACAGCUAGAUACAGACCAGAGCCAUCCGAAGGAUCCUCAGAGAAAAAGUUGACAUCGAUGGAAGAAAUCUCAUCUCUGGACCUGAAAACGGGAAUGGGGAUCACUGAAGCUUUGCGGUUACAGAUGGAAGUCCAAAAGCGGUUGCAUGAACAGCUGGAGAUUCAAAGAAAUUUGCAGUUGCGAAUUGAAGAACAAGGGAGGAACCUCCAAAUGAUGUUUGAGAAGCAAAAGUCAGGUUUAGACAUACUGAAGGUAUCAUCUUCUAAUCCGGAGAAUCCACCAGCUCCUUCAGAUGCGACCAAUGAGUCUCCUACGAAAAGUGAACUGGAAUCCUCCCAGAGGGAUCACGUAAAUUCCGGAACAGGCACUGUUAAUGCCAAGUCCAUGUUGGAGAGAAGUCCACAAGAAGUUUGUGGAGAGCAUAAGGCACCAGAAACUGGUGAUCUAGAGAAAGCUGAAACCCUUGUUUCUGAGUCGAAUUCGCAACCCUUGAAGCGCCCACGAAUUGAAGAAUAAGUUAUAACAGCUUUGAACUGAGUACCGUAAUUAGUUCAUGGAUGAAUUCAGCAGUAGGAUAGGCCAAGUUGAGAUAAGGUUAGAGCAUAGAGCUUUUGAAGUUUAAGUGUCCUCUUCCCUCUUGUUAUUGUGAACCUGUCUUUAGUUGAACCCAAAAAAAAAGAAGAAAAAAGAAGCUUAUAAACUAGUUUGAUUUUCCGGUCUCCAACCUCCUCAAGUGAAAAUGCAGGUGAUUUAUAAACACAGGUUGCACAGAUUGCAUUAGUUGGAGCCCAAUUUUUUAGGGAAUGUAGUUUUCAUGAACUUUGUCGAAAGAUAUGAAUAAAAUUCCCAUUCCGAGAUUUGUACAUGGCUUCAAUGUACUAUAGUCCAUAUGUAUUGUGGUUUUAGUAUCUCCUUACGAGUAAAG